AUGGGUCGUUAUUUUCGCGGUCAACCAGUCGAAUUCGUCGCUAUUCCAAAUUCAUCUGCAUUCAUAAAAGCGAUAUACGAAAACAGGAUCACUUGCAGCGAAAAUAAGCUUAAAUUUGAUCUUGACUAUAGUGUUGAAUUUAGUAAAGCUAAUGAAUUAUAG